GCCCAAACAGACCGGACUGGUGAGACAGCGCUCCACCUGGCAGCCCGGUACGCCCGUGCUGAUGCUGCUAAGAGGCUGCUGGAUGCCGGUGCAGAUGCCAAUGCUCAGGAUAACACGGGACGUACCCCACUACAUGCUGCAGUGGCUGCAGAUGCACAGGGUGUCUUCCAGAUUCUGAUCCGAAACCGAGCUACAGAUCUUGACUCCCGUAUGUAUGAUGGCUCCACUGCACUCAUCCUGGCUGCACGGCUGGCAGUAGAGGGCAUGGUAGAGGAACUCAUUACUUGUCAUGCUGAUGUCAAUGCAGUAGAUGAACUGGGUAAAUCUGCCUUACACUGGGCUGCUGCCGUUAAUAACGUGGAUGCCACUGUUGCCCUGCUAAAGAAUGGCGCAAACAAGGAUAUGCAAGAUCUCAAGGAGGAGACCCCUCUGUUCCUUGCAGCCCGUGAAGGUAGCUGUGAGGCUGUGAAGGUGCUGCUGGCUCACUUUGCAAACAGAGAGAUCACAGACCAUAUGGACAGGUUGCCAAGGGACAUUGCUCAGGAGCGUAUGCACCACGACAUUGUUCAGCUUCUUGAUGAGUACAAUACAGUAAGAAGUCCCCAGGGCCACGGAGGGGCUGGACACCACCUCACUGGGGGACACACUCUGUCACCUCUCAUGUGCCCUCCCAGUGCCUUCCUGCCUAGCCUGAAGAACACCCCACAGGGCAAGAAGAAUCGUCGGCCUGGGGCCAAGGGUUCCAGCCUGGGAGGCCAACAUGCUUCCAGUCUGAAGGAUUCAGUCAAGGCCCGCAAUAAGAAGCUGACCUUGGACAUGCAGAGUGCCUUACUGGAGAGCUCAGUUACCCUGUCCCCAGUGGACUCACUGGACUCACCCCAUGGGGGAGCUAGCAAUGCUGGCUAUAUCACCAACCCCACUUCGCCUGUGGCCAUGCAGUCACCAGGGCUCUUCCACUCCUCCAUGUCUGUUCCAAACACCCCAAUGGUACAUAGUAGCAUGUUGGAGGGUGGUGGCCCUUUCGCUGUGUCUCUAGCACAGCUCAGUGACCUGGGAGCUGGAGGGAUGUCCUUGCAGGGACGUGUUUCCAUGGCUUCUGAUGUCAACCAUGGCUAUGUGCUGAGUUCAGGCCAGAUGGGGCUCAACAUGGGCAUGGUCAGUCCCGUCAGUGUGCCCUUUGACUGGCACAACCGGAUGCCCCCUUCCUCCCAGUGUGGUCAGCAGGUGGUGAAUCUUGUGCAGAGUAGCCAGGCAGGCAUGCACCCCCAGAGCCCAGCCAUGCAGCAGCAGAGCAUGCUGAUGCACCAACAGCAGAUCUUCCGUAAUCAGAUGCUUCAGCCCACACCUGUUACCUCCACACCCACUAUCAGCCCAGUCAAGCUGCCUUCCAUUGCUGAGCAGCAGCAGCAGCAGCAGCAACAGCAGCAGCAGCUCAUCAACCACACCAUCACCAACCAGCAGAACAUGGCCCGCAUGGGCACCUCCACCCCACCGACACCCCAGACCUCACAACCUCCACCAUCUUUUUUCCAGCAGCAGCAGCAGCAGCAGCAGCAGAUGCCUCAGCAGCCCUCUCAGCCCCAGCCUCCUGCUCAGCCCCCACAGUCAGCCACGCCAGCAGUCCAGCCCACUCAGGCUCUGCCCUCCCAGCCUAGUAGCAGCACUGCAGGAACGGAGGAUUACCCAACCCCUCCCUCCCAGCACAGCAGCUACUCAUCCACACUAGAUGCCACACCCAAGCAUUACCCCCGUUUGCCCCCUGAGCACCCCUAUCUGACCCCCUCCCCAGAGUCUCCCGAGCCCUGGUCCAGCCCCUCUCCUCACUGUGUCUCUGAUUGGUCAGAUUCCACACCCAGCCCAGCAGUUGCUGGCCCUGCCCAGACCCAAAUUACUCAAAUCCCAGAGGCCAAUGGCAAGAUGCAGGUGUUUGCAUGAAGAUCCCAUGGCCUCUGCUUGAAAAGGGACCUGGGGUAAAAGAAUUUGUUUGGACUGGCUCUUGGGCCCGUCUGUGUUUAUAUAUGUCAGCCUGUUUCCAAGAUUUUCAUUGGAUUUGGAUUGACUAUGUUUAUCACGAGGACCGUCUGCUAGUGAUUUUUGCAGAGAAAAAAAGUAAAGGGAAAUGUGUGUUGUCUGAAAAAAAACAGCAGACAAUUUAAUGAAGUAAUUCUGUCACAGAUGGACUUGUUUUUUAUUAUAAAAAAAAAGUAUAUGAAGAAAACCAAGUCUUUCAUUUCAAAGACUUAGGGACGCUCUCCUGAAAACUAACAAACAUUUAAAAAGUAGAUAAGAGAAAAAAGUUAAAUGUUGAAGGGAAUUCAUUUAUUUUUAUUUAUUGUUUUUAUCUCUCUGACCUGCUUUUUUCUUUAGGUUUUUGUCACCCUCUUCUGUCCCAGCUUCUCACAUAAUGUGCUACUCCCUCUUAUUUUAUACAGACCACCUACAUUUCUAUUUUGCCAGAGUGGCUGGUGAUGGUAAAAGAAUAUAAUUCAUGAUUCAAACCAGUUAACAGACAGAGAGAGGAAUUUUCACCCCUCAACUGAUAUUUAUUCAGGCCAACAACAGCUGGUAAAGAUGAUGAACUGGUUCUAGCAAAUAUGUAUUGAGAAUUGCUCAGCAGUAGUGGUAUGUUCUGAUGUGAUUGAAUUGUGGAGAUUGAUUACUUUCCAUAUGAGUAUUAUAAAUAAGAAUGUAGAUGAGUGUCUCUAAAGCACUUCAAGUGACCAGCUUGGUAGGGCUAGUGUGGGUAAAAUACAACAUUUAACUACAAUGGAUAUUUAUAAUGUAUGGGUGGCAUUUAAUCUGUGGCAGUUUUACUUAUGACAUUUCAAAAUAAAUGAGCAGAGUAAAAUUUUAGGCUGAAUGCUCCCAUUUCAACUGUAGCUUCUCACUGACUCUACAGGACUUUUACCUCCAGUUCUACAGCUACAUUCACUUUAAGAAACAGUUUCAAACAAAGAAUUGUUUGCCUAAAAUCAGCCUCUCACUGCCCUUUUUAGUUUAUGUAUUAUUUUUGUUUGUUCCAAUUGUUUUAUACUCUGUAUAUUUGUGGAAACCACGGAUACCUUUUUUAAACAUCACUUCAGAUGUACUAAGCUAUGCUUAUCAGCUGCUAUUUUAUAUCACUCUUCCCUGCAAACAUUCCUACACUUUGCCUUUCUUGUUGAGUCUGGAUGCUGUUCAUUUCAGCAGCAUCCAACACAGAAUAGAACUAGAUGAUAGACCGGUGGAACUUUCAUUUGUUGAGGUCGCAUCAUGUCCUUCACUGGACUAAAUGGAAACAUUCCUGGACUAUACGUUGCAGUUGAGGUAUCGUCGACUCUGUAACUUCGUCUCUGGUAGUGUCCAUGGUGGAGAACUGGUCAGUGUGAGGGUGUGGCUGCUGGGCUGGGACUGCUUAUGCCCUGUCACUCCUCAGGGAGGUGUUUUAUGGCAUGCAGUGGGACAGUUCCCCUGCAUCUACAGUAGCUUCCAGUCCAGGGGCCGUGGAGUUGCAUCUUAAGAUGACUGUUAGAAGAGACUGAAGUUAAAAACACUACUAUGUAGUGCCGCACCCUUUAACUUUUUUUUUAAGAACAAAAUUCUGAGAUGACACUCCUAGUCAUCCAACUAACAUCUUGUGUAAUGUCUGACCAACUCUUUAUCCUGACAUGACCUGAGCGUGUAGGAUAGAGGUCAUCCUCUUCCUUACGUACUAUGGACAUUUGAGCAUGAAGUCAAUUGAUAAUAGUAGAAUUUUAAGAAAAUAACCUUUGCAUUUUCAACUUGUGAUGCCAUGAACAGAAAUGACUAGACCACCACUCUUAGCUACUACUUUUGUGGCGACCUAAUACUGCCCCUUGUUGUGUCAUAGACUGAGUUUAUCUUUCAUUCAUUGUUUUAGCCUGUUCACUGUAGACUCAGCCACUGUUCUGUCAGACCUGGGAAACAUGUUGUUGUUCACAGUCCAGUUAAAAUUUUACUUACGAGGAAAACUGUUUAUUGUUUGUUUUUUAUUUUUAUAUAUAUAUCUGGUCUUUUCGAUUUCCCUACCAGGUCGCACUAAGUGUUUUGUACAUUUCAACCUCCCAACUUCUGUUUGUAAAUAUGUUUGCUCUGGGUAGAUCUUUGCUUGAGAAGUCUUAUGUUUCUAAAAUGAUUGUUAUGUACUAAAAAGGACAAAAAUAAAAUGUACUUCAUUUAGCAUUAUUUGAAGCUGAGGCUGUGACUGAUAUUUUGAUUGGUCUUGUGUUAUUAGAACAGUCAUAGAUAUUUUCUAUCAUUAAUUUCAAUACUUGUUUAAAAGUAGUUCAACAUCAUUGUACAUAAAACUUUUCCACAGUUUUUCUUUCUACAGUCAAAAGUUGUAAAAUAAGUUACUUAUAAUAAAAACUGUAGGGAACUACAA